AUGGAGUUCCCAAAAAAUCUCGCCCUAGUUCUAGCAAUAACAAGCGUCAUCUGCCUCGCCAUUCCCAAUCCAUCGCUUGCCGAUGACUCCCCCAGCGAUUACCUCAAUCCCCAUAACAUGGCCCGAAAGGAUGCCAAGGUGGAUCCGCUGUAUUGGAACAAAGAACUGGCACACUACGCCGAGCAGAGCGCCGGCAACUGCGGCCGCGGAUCCUACAACAGCCACUAUGGCGUGAACGUGUACAAGGACCGCCAUGCCACCGCGUAUGACGCAGUGAAAGAAUGGACGAAGUGCAAACAUGGGGAUUGCAGUGAUGACUACAAGCAGGUGGUGUGGCCUCACACCAAGUGGCUCGGAUGCGCACAUCACCCUUGCCAUGAUCACAAUGGUGAGUACUACUUCAUCGUCUGCUACUAUGACCCUCCAGCCUCCAAGCACUGA